AUGGCCUUCCUCGUGCUGAUCGCCUGGCACUGGCUGGGCCGCAGCUGGUGGUAUGUCUUCGUCCCGGCCCACACCACGCUGUACAUCUUCAUCUUGGGCCACAGCGGCUUCCACCUGACGAACGACAAUAUCGUGCCAGAUGCCCUGUUCACCCUCCUCAACCCUUUCCUGGCUGUGGCCCUGUGUGUUGCGAACUCGGCGCGGCCGAUGGACCACCAAACCCACCACCUGCGCCCCAACUCCAACUACUCGCUGUUCUUCACCUACUGGGACGACCUCUUCCAGGUGGCAUCCCCUCCUGAGCCCCACCACCCGCUGCACCUAAUGGCCCUUAACCUCGGAUACUUCGCCGUGAUCUGGGGCACCGCCUACUUUGCUUAUCUUCAGCCGGCGGUGUUUGCAGCAAUCCUGGCUGCCCACGUCUUCACGCCCUUGUCGAUCCCUUGUGCAUUGCUUGGUGGCCGCGCGGCCGCGUUUGUGACGAGCCUCGGCAUCUGGGACUGGCUGCGGCGCGAGUACGGCGUUGGCUACGCGCCGCCCGGCGCGCCCGGCGCGUUCGACGCCGCCGCGGCAUCUGAGGAGGCGCGCCGGCAGUUCGCGAAGGCCGCGGCGCACGCCGCGCCGCCGCGCGAGGCUUUCGAGCGCAGCGAGAGCCUCGGCAGCGACGAGAGCUCCCUUUGGGAGCGCCCGCAGCAGGCGCACGCACACGUGUGCACAGAUGCGCACCACGCCGCGGCCGGCGAGGCGCUGCUGCCCCCGGCCCCGUCCUUUGGCCUGAGUCGCCGCUGGAGCUCGUUCGCCGCGCCCAGCCUCCGGAGCGACGGCUCGUCGUACCUCACAUCCGAGUUCUCUGGGACGUCUGACUUUUCACUUGGGUCUGACACAGGCGCGGCACUUGCAUCUCCGGCUCGCAUGGCGCAGUCAGUGCCCCAGCCGCAGCAGCAGCAGCAACAGCGCUUCAUUUUCGCCUACUGCCCCCAGGGCUUCCUCGCGCGCGGCGCGCUGCAUACCUUCGCGGCCGCCGGCCGACUCGGCCCCAUGUCGGCGCUGCCGGGCGGUGUGAGGCUCGCGGUCGGCAGCCCGGUGCUGCGGGUGCCGGUGAUGCAGCAGGCGCUGCUGUUGGCGGGCUGCACUGACGCGUCAUAUGGCAACCUCAAGUCGAUCCUGCAGUCCCCUCAGGGCUCCUCCAUCACGAUCUGCCCCGGCGGCUGGCGCGAGGCGAAGCUGAUGGGCACCUACGAUCUGGUCCUGCGGCGGCGCCUCGGAUUCAUCAAGCUUGCGGCCGAGGUUGGCACCCCGCUGGUGCCGGUGCUGGGCGUCGGGGAGCCCGAGGUUACUGGCGUGGGAGGCACGGGCGCAGUGAUGCUGCGGUGGCUGAUCUGCUACAGGCCGCGGCCUCUGAAGGUCGUUUUUGGCCACCCCGUGAUGCCCCUGCCCGGGGAGCCCCUCGAAGCCCUCCAGGCCCGCUUCAUCAUCGCCCUCGAGACACUCGCACAAGAGCACGGCGUCGACAUCAGAAUCGUGGAGUGA